UCCUUUUGAUUCAUCUCAAUUUUCCAGCAUCAACAUGAAAGCUGCCGUACUGCUGUGUCUGCUUCACGCAGUGUUUGGCUGGCAUGGGGAAGGCUUUGACUGGCCGGAACACAUCAUGCCAGCGCACACGGACCCCAGUGAAGACAAACAGUGCAAGGUGGACCUGCUGUCGUGUGGCUGCUGCCUGAUGGAGAAGCAGAUGUAUAGGAUGGAGCAGUUCUUUAACUACACCUAUGAAGCAAUGUCUUACGAGCUUCAUUAUGCAAAGAAAGCCCUUGCUGAAAAAGACAGCCGCUGUGCUUUCUCCGUUGCUCUGAAUCAUACUGAAAACUGCUACGGCCCUUUCGAAAGCCCCAAGACCAUCGUCUACAAGCAUGCCUACAUCAACAUGGGAGACAGCUACAGUGUGGAAAGCGGGAACUUCACCGUUCCCUACUCUGGGGUCUACGGCGUCUCUGUCACCAUCUAUGGGGCCCAGGCCUCUGACAAUGACCUGAACGCCUGCGCUGUUCUGCAGGUUAACGGCACAGACGUGUCUUGGCUGCUGGAGAUGAACGGUCAGGACCUUGAAGACAGUGCCACGGCUGUUUUGGCCAUAAAGUUAAAGGCCGGGGAUGAGGUGGCUGUCGUCCUGCCUGAAGGUUGUGUUAUCUGUGACUACGGCAGCUACUACAACACUUUCACUGCUUUCCUGAUGUACACUACUGACUAUGACUAUUAUGAGUAUUAUUAAGUCUGUUGUGACAUUUAGAUUUGUAGCUCCUAAUCUCAUAAUCUAUUCCAUCAUAUUUUUACAUAUUUCAUGAGGUGAAAUACCAUUGAUCAUCCACAAAAAGAUUUUAGAUGAGGCCUGUUUAAAUCCACUUUUAAAUAAAUGUGUUUGCCAUGUAAAGUCAUGGUUGCAUGAACUAACCAUGUUGAACUGAUGAGAAGUUAUUUGUAAUAGAAAAAUAUGUAAGAAAAAAAAUGUCCUGUACCAAGAAUUAAUUGCUCUUUCAGCAAUUAGCAUGUAAGUUAAUGUUUUCCAUUCACUUAUUAAAUAAACAGAAAUUUCUGAUUAAUUUGAACCAUGAAUUGGUCAUGAUAAUGGGAAAAGAGAUAAAAAUCCUUAUAAAGUUUGAAAAACAACCUUUAAGCUUUUUCUAUAAAAGUUAUGAAUGUUGAUGACGGAAUAAAUAAAACUUGCUGAACAACUUUGGUCUGUCUAUAAUUACUGGAUUAUGUAAAAAUCUGUUUUUAUGAGAAAAUAAUAUUAAUGAAUGUGUGCAUUUGCAUGAAAAAAAUAAAUAAAAAAUUAA